CGCGGCCCUCGAGCGGCCUCGCGCCGCAGAGCCGCUGCCCAGCGCCCGGCAGCCCGGCUCGUCGGCGCGCCUCGCCGCUUAUCUGCGCCGCCUGGACAGCGAGCGCUGGAAGGCAGGCUGCCCCGGCCCGCCGCGCGCACGGGCAGACCCCGGGCCGCCGGACUAUUUCUGGCUUAUCAGUGCAGGAAUGCGGCAGCCGCGGCGGCGGCGGCGGCGGCGGCGGCGGGCGGGCGGCAGCGGCGUGGGCCGUGGGCCGUCAGGGCAGCCCUGAAGGGGCCCCCUCCCCACUCCGCUCGAGUAGAAGUGUGAGAGAGCCCAGCAGGACUCAGAGGGGAGAGUUGGAGGAAAAAAAAGGCAGAAAAGGGAAAGAAAGAGGAAGAGAGAGAGAGAGUGAGAGGAGCCGCUGAGCCCACCCCGAUGGCCGCGGACGAAGUUGCCGGAGGGGCGCGCAAAGCCACGAAAAGCAAACUUUUUGAGUUUCUGGUCCAUGGGGUGCGCCCCGGGAUGCCGUCUGGAGCCCGGAUGCCCCACCAGGGGGCGCCCAUGGGCCCCCCGGGCUCCCCGUACAUGGGCAGCCCCGCCGUGAGACCCGGCCUGGCCCCCGCGGGCAUGGAGCCCGCCCGCAAGCGAGCAGCGCCCCCGCCCGGGCAAAGCCAGGCACAGAGCCAGGGCCAGCCGGUGCCCACCGCCCCCGCGCGGAGCCGCAGUGCCAAGAGGAGGAAGAUGGCUGACAAAAUCCUCCCUCAAAGGAUUCGGGAGCUGGUCCCCGAGUCCCAGGCUUACAUGGACCUCCUAGCAUUUGAGAGGAAACUGGAUCAAACCAUCAUGCGGAAGCGGGUGGACAUCCAGGAGGCUCUGAAGAGGCCCAUGAAGCAAAAGCGGAAGCUGCGUCUUUAUAUCUCCAAUACUUUUAACCCUGCGAAGCCUGAUGCGGAGGAUUCUGAUGGCAGCAUUGCCUCCUGGGAGCUGCGGGUAGAGGGGAAGCUCCUGGAUGAUCCCAGCAAGCAGAAGCGGAAGUUCUCCUCCUUCUUCAAGAGUUUGGUCAUUGAGCUGGACAAAGAUCUUUAUGGCCCUGACAACCACCUUGUAGAGUGGCAUCGGACGCCCACAACCCAGGAGACGGAUGGCUUCCAGGUGAAGAGGCCCGGGGACCUGAGUGUGCGCUGCACCCUGCUCCUCAUGCUGGACUACCAGCCUCCCCAAUUCAAACUGGACCCCCGCCUGGCCCGGCUGCUGGGGUUGCACACACAGAGCCGUUCAGCCAUCGUCCAGGCCCUGUGGCAGUACGUGAAGACCAACAGGCUGCAGGACUCCCACGACAAGGAAUACAUCAAUGGGGACAAGUAUUUCCAGCAGAUUUUUGAUUGUCCCCGGCUGAAGUUUUCUGAGAUUCCCCAGCGCCUCACAGCCCUGCUGCUGCCCCCUGACCCAAUUGUCAUCAACCACGUCAUCAGCGUGGACCCGUCAGACCAGAAGAAGACAGCGUGCUAUGACAUUGACGUGGAGGUGGAGGAGCCACUGAAGGGGCAGAUGAGCAGCUUCCUCCUGUCCACCGCCAACCAGCAGGAGAUCAGUGCUCUGGACAGUAAGAUCCAUGAGACGAUUGAGUCCAUAAACCAGCUCAAGAUCCAGAGGGACUUCAUGCUAAGCUUCUCCAGAGACCCCAAAGGCUACGUCCAAGACCUGCUCCGCUCCCAGAGCCGGGACCUCAAGGUGAUGACAGAUGUAGCCGGCAACCCCGAGGAGGAGCGCCGGGCUGAGUUCUACCACCAGCCCUGGUCCCAGGAAGCUGUCAGCCGCUACUUCUACUGCAAGAUCCAGCAGCGCAGGCAGGAGCUGGAGCAGUCGCUGGUCGUGCGCAACACCUAGGAGCCCCGUGCACAUGCAGCACUAUGGACCUGCUGGCUGCGCCGUUCCCCCAGCGUUCUGCCCUGAGCUCUGGCAUCACUCUCUGCCACCUUGGGGUUGGGGUGCUGGAUUAAAGGUCAUUCAUCUGACA